AUGUCCCAAUACUAUGACGUCCCUUUAAGAUGCUUCACUUUCCCUGACUUCCAAAUCUCUCCAACCUUGGAAUACCUCGAGAGACUCCUCAAUCGAUCAAUCAAAGAGUACAACCCUUUUCCGAACUUGGAAGAAGGCUUCUGUUUAACCGAGCUCUCACUCACCUUAGGUGUCAACGCCAACAAGCUAGUGGAUAAUUGGGGCGUUAAAGGAUCCAUCAAAGGUUUGACCCAAAAGUUCUUAGAAUCACAUGCUUGGGAAAUGAUUAAAAAUGGAAGAUCCGACUUCCAUAGUGCAACCUUGGCACUUUUGAUUCAUGGAAUUGUUCUCUUCCCAAAUAUGGACAAGUCCGUGGAUCAUUUAGCAGUUGAAGUCUUUCUAACAAAGAAUUUGGUGCCUUUUUUACUCACUAACUUCUACCAUACCUUUCAUACAAGGCAUGAGAAGAAGGGAGGUACUUUCCUUUGCUGCGCUCCUAUGCUACAUCUUUGGAUGAGGGCCUACAUGCCUCAAAGUGGACCUUUUGCUGAAAACAAACUGACAUGGCCGCAAAGGUUCGCAUCUCUCUCUACCAACUCAAUUCUAUGGUAUAAGAGGGAAUGGGAUACAAAGGAUGUCAUCGCAAGAUGUGGAGAGUUCUCUAACGCGCCCUUAAUAGGAACACAAGGUUGCAUCAACUACAACCCUGCUAUACUUAAGAGACAACUAGGGUACGGCAUGAUGAGUCCUCCCGAGGAAUGA